AUGGGACGCUCUUGCUGUGAAAGGACGCCCUCUCAAGCGGAUGCGAUUGAUAAAGCUGAGUUGAAGAAAUCGAAUAGUUCAUCGAAUUGUUGUGGCAGUUCAUCGGAGACUUCAAGUCAAGAGAAGUCUUAUAGGAACGGCGCUAUCCGAAAGAACGACAAAACAGAUGAUAAUAAUGCCAAUGCAACUUCCGCUGCCCAGCGUGAUGACCCCGUAUACAAGGACCCUAUUGAUCCUUGUAAGGGUGCAGCUCUGCCUGGGGCUUGCGAGGAAGGCUGCUGCGACCAGUCUGCCUCGGCUGCUGGAAAUUUUACCGCCAAAUCUAAAAUUUUAAGCUCUAGUGUUUCUUCGGGCCACCCUCACACACACACCGGCUCCGGUACCCCAUGGUCGAGUGAACAUGCUACUUCCGUUGAACCUAUUGUGGCAGAGUGCUGCCAAGACAAGCCUUCGCCAUGCUGUGAUGAAGCCUGCCUUGAUCGUCUGGCUUUACGUGAGUGUCAUACGGGGUCAGAUAUACCAUGCAUGGAAGCAGCUGGUUACUCUCUUUCCUCGACAUCCACACCGACAGAAGGUGCAACGCUUCAGGGCAGAGCUUGCAAUCGACACCAUCGCUCAGUUAGAGAGCAGUAUGCUGCUAGGCUUACAGCACUGGGGUGUAUCUGCCGUGCUCUUCUUGCCCUUGGCAAGGAAUCAUGCUGCGAGCCUCGAAAGCGCUCUUCGCUGGGUAAGGGUCGGAGCUCUGAACGGCCACUGAAACAGUCUGUCUCGUGCGUCUCGGUUGAAUCUUGCUGCGCAAGUAGUAAAUCUUCAAGUCAAUCGCCGCUUCGAAGUACCGACCAUGGCGGAAAGUACAAGCCUGCACGUGUAACUAAAACUCGUGCCAGCCAAGGUUGCUCCACCAACUCUUGCUGCAAACCCAAAAUUACCACCUGCGGCAACAACUUCACCGACCCCUGUAUCUCCGAAUCAGAUAAGUCAGAGAUAAAGCCAGCGGAUGGCUCUUGUGCUGAUAUUUGCUGUACCUCCGAAAAGCCAUCCUUACCCAACGACGAGAAGGGUGGGGCUGUAAGAAUUGCCCCUGAUCUCGAGGGUCAGGCCAUAGGCGUUGAGCAUGUGGUCCUCUCGAUAUCUGGUAUGACUUGCACUGGCUGUGAGACGAAACUCAACAGAACCCUCGCGAUAAUGUCAGGGGUUGGGAACUUGAGGACAAGUUUGGUUCUAUCUCGAGCUGAAUUCGACUUGGACCUCAGUAUCUCUACUGUGGAGCUUGUUAUAAAGCACUUGGAGCGGACCACAGAGUUCAAAUGUGAGAUAAUCGCCAGUAAUGGGUCAGCUAUGGAUAUAAUUGUUUCUGGGGAUCCAGGUUUGAUCGUCAACCAGGCUUGGCCGCAAGGUGUGAGUGACAUUUCGCUCGUCGGAAAUUGCACUAUUCGUGUAUCUUUUGAUCCAGAAGUGGUUGGAGCACGAGAUCUCAUUGAAAAGCACUGGGGUGAUAUAGCAAGCCUUGCGCCCAUCUCUGGUGAUCCAACACUUGCAGCUGGUAGCAAGCAUGUCCGCCAUUCCGGGUUCAUGACUCUCUUAUCUGCAGUUCUUACCAUCCCAGUCUUAAUCAUGGCAUGGGCCCCCAUCUCCGAGAGAAAAAUCGCCUAUAGCUCCGCCUCGCUGGCUUUGGCUACUAUCAUUCAGGUUGUCAUAGCAGGACCUUUUUAUCCCAAAGCCUUGAAGGCUCUUGUCUUUUCGCGAGUCAUCGAGAUGGACCUUCUUAUUGUGUUAAGCACCAGCGUGGCAUAUAUCUUCUCUGUGGUUUCUUUCGGCUUUCUCGUUGCUAGUAGACCUCUUUCCACUGGCCAAUUCUUUGAAACAAGCACACUUCUAGUUACAUUGAUCAUGUUCGGACGAUAUGUCGCUACACUUGCCCGACAAAAAGCGGUCGAGUCAAUAUCUAUUCGAUCGCUUCAGGCCCAAACUGCCCUUCUUGUGGACGAAUCACCUUCAAUAGAUGCUCGUGAAAUCGACGUCAGGCUACUGCAAUACGGAGACAGGUUCAAGGUCCUUCCCGAUAUGAGAAUCCCGACCGACGGGACUGUUGUAUCUGGGUCAUCUGAAGUGAACGAGUCAAUGCUCACCGGAGAGUCGCGGCAUGUCGAAAAGAAACCCAAGUCGCGUGUCAUUGCAGGGACAAUCAACGGAUCGGCAAGUCUAAUUGUCAGGCUAACUCGCCUCCCAGGCGACAACGCUAUUAACACUAUCGCCGCCAUGGUCGAUGAAGCCAAGCUUUCCAAACCAAAGAUUCAAGAACUUGCCGACAAGGUGGCUUCAUAUUUUGUUCCAGUUAUUGUAGGCUUGACUAUUGCCACAUUUGUUAUUUGGGUGGCUCUUGGCAUAUCAAUACAAGCUAAGACUAGAUCCGAAGCAACCGUGCAGGCUGUCACCUACGCCAUCACGGUGCUUAUAGUUUCAUGUCCUUGUGCCAUUGGUCUUGCCGUACCGAUGGUGGUUGUCAUCUGCAGCGGUAUCGCAGCAGAGCGAGGGGUUAUAUUCAAGUCGGCGCAUUCUAUCGAAGUCGCCUAUAGAGCCUCUCAUGUGGUCCUUGACAAGACAGGAACGCUGACUCAGGGAAAGCUCAGCGUAGUCGUUGAGAGUUAUCUCGGAGACGAGGAAUCAUGCCUGUCACUUCUUUUGGGCCUCAUCGGUGACAGCAAGCACCCGGUAUCGGUUGCUGUUGGUAAUCAUAUUAGGCACAAGGGGAUUGUUGCAACAGCUGUCCCUGACGUCAAAAGCUUGACAGGCCGAGGUGUGGAAGCUAAACUUGGUAGUCAAACGCUACAAGCUGGGAAUUCUCGCUGGCUGAAGACUUCCACGCACCCCCUGGUGCAACCGGUGCUUACAAAAGGCUAUACUGUGUUCUGCUUCACCAUCAAUGGUGUGCUACUCGCUGUAUUUGGUCUUGAGGACUCUCUCCGAGCUGAUGCACCCCAUGUGGUCAAUACCCUACAGAGACGCGGCGUGACGGUUCAUGUGGUAUCGGGCGACGACGAAGGCGCCGUGCAAAACGUGGCGACAAAUUUAGCUAUCCCCGAGAGCAACAUUCGUGCUCGUAGCUCUCCAGCGGACAAGCAGGUCUACAUCAAAGAUCUCCUAGGCAGUCUUUCAGGUGGUAAGGAGCCGAUUGUCAUCUUUUGCGGGGAUGGCACCAAUGACGCCGUGGCGCUCGCGCAAGCAACAGUCGGCGUUCACAUAAACGAAGGCAGUGAUGUUGCCCAGUCUGCAGCCGAUGUCGUGCUUAUGCGUCCAUAUCUGUCUGGCCUUCUCACCAUGAUGGAUGCCAGCAAGGUCUCUAUGAGACGUAUCAAGUUCAAUUUCGUUUGGAGUUUUGUCUACAACACAUUUGCCGUGCUACUUGCGGCUGGGGCUUUUGUGAAUGUCAGAAUUCCGCCCGAGUUUGCAGGUCUGGGGGAGCUAAUUAGCGUAUUGCCCGUCAUAAUCGCUGCUGUGCUCUUACGAUGGUCUAUCUAG